GGGACUCCUUCUUCUUCUGGCCGGCAAUCUCUGUCAACGCCUUCACCAGUUCCAAGUUCUAUUGAUGAGGAGGAGAUGCUCGGUGAUGAAGAGAUGAUGAAUUAUAUCAGGCGACAGCAAACGAAGAAGAUGGCGAAUGGUGCAACGCAAGCAGAGUUGGAUGAACUACUCAAGUUCCCGGAACCGAUACCUCCUGCCUCUGGGUCCACACCUGAAGAAAUCCUGAAGAGCCCUCAGGCUCAGUUCCUAUCUCAGUAUGAACGCGAGGAGAUGCUUAAUUACCCUCAAGUAUACUGCAUUGGUGCCAGGAGUCAGAAAAAGCAGGCGACCACUGACAAUACUACCAAUAAUCAUGGUUAUGAUGAUGAACGAGGUGAUUAUCUUGUCGUUAAUCACGAUCAUCUAGCAUAUCGCUAUGAGGUUAUCGAUACUCUCGGGAAAGGCUCGUUCGGUCAGGUACUCAACUGUCGGGAUCAUCAUACUGGGCAGUCGGUCGCGAUUAAGAUCAUCCGAAAUAAGAAACGUUUCCAUCAUCAAGCACUGGUGGAGAUCAAAAUUCUUGACAACUUGCGUAAAUGGGAUUCCGAGGACAAACAUCAGGUUAUCAAGAUGACGGAGCACUUUUAUUUCCGUAAUCAUCUUUGCAUUGCCAUGGAACUUCUCAGCAUCAACCUUUACGAGCUCAUCAAGGCGAAUGGUUUUGUCGGGUUUACCACGACUCUCAUACGGCGCUUCACGAGUCAAAUGCUCUUAUCUUUAUGUCUCAUGCGACACCAUCGCAUUGUCCACUGCGAUUUAAAACCUGAGAAUGUCCUUCUACGUCACCCUGCAAAGAGUGCUAUCAAAGUGAUUGACUUCGGCAGCAGUUGCUUCGAACAUGAGAAAAUUUAUACUUAUAUUCAGAGUCGUUUCUAUCGAUCGCCAGAGGUUAUCUUGGGCAUGAAUUACCAUAUGGCAAUUGAUAUGUGGAGUUUGGGCUGUAUUCUGGCUGAACUGUACACUGGUUUUCCGAUAUUCCCAGGAGAAAACGAACAGGAACAACUUUCGUGUAUCAUGGAAGUUCUUGGUGCUCCAGACAAGGAAUUUGUCAAUCGUAGUUCUCGCAAAAGAAUCUUCUUUGACAAUAGCGGAGCGCCUCGCCCUGUAGUAAACUCAAAAGGCCGCAGGAGAAGACCAGGAACCAAAUCUCUUGCCCAAGUCCUACGCUGCUCAGAUGACGAUUUUGUCGACUUCAUUGCCAGAUGCCUUGUCUGGGACCCGGAGAGGAGGAUGAAGCCACAGACUGCCAUGCAGCAUGCGUUUGUUCGAGCAGGUCGCCGUGGCAAGAUAACUAAUCCUACACCUUCGACGGCGAAAACGUUACUAUCUUCUUCGAGUUUAUCUGGAAACAGAAACAAGCAUUUGACCGAAACUCCAAAGAAGUCACAGAUCAGUGCGCCUACGCCCCUGACUGCCCGUAGCUCUCGCACAGUUACGAACACAGUGCCCUCUACGCCUGUACACGCGACGUCCAUCGGUUCAUCAUCUCGCUCUUAUCGUUCAUCUCAGUCACAUGGUCUUUCUUCACAAUAUUCUAGCCGGACACUCGGUGGGUUUGCACAGCUGCUAAAUAAUACACACAAUUUGCCUCGCUUUCCUUACUUACCCUCAAUAGGGAACAUUGCUGAUCGCUAGAUUCCUUUUACUAAGCUGGCCUUUCUUCAUACCCUCGGUCCGCUGUACUUUACCCUUGUUCUUUG